UUAAUACCAAACCUUUAUCUCUACAUCUCGUUUUCUCUGUUUCCUUCCACUUGAAAAUGGCGAUUGGCAGGUUUCAGAGACAAAAUCCAUCCCAAGAAAAGCAUCAAACCUUCAUCAUCACACCACUUUCCACCCUUCAUAAACCCAACUACAACCCCAUCUUUCUCUAUCACCCUAACCUCAAUUCCAAAACCCCAUCAAAACCCUUUCAUUAUUUCAUCUAAUCUCCCAAAAAUGUCUUCUGCACACCAACCGUUUGAUGAAAUGCCAAACCCAAACCCAACACCAACGCAGGUGGAAUUUUCAAAGUAUUCCAAAAGGGUGAUCUUGAAAACGAUUUUGGACCGUGAAGACGGUGGUUUGGGGUUGGUUGAUCAGAGGGUUGUGGUUGGAGGAUGGGUUAAAUCUUCAAGAGAAUUGAGAAAAGAUCCUCCACCCAUGAGUGGUGAUCGCAAAGAGGAUGCAGAAGUGAAAUGUGUUGAAGUUUUUCGGUCGAAAAUUCCUUUUCUUCGAACCUUUAUACAAGUGUUUGGUGGAAACACUACUCAUACCAAGGAGAAAGUUGGAUCAAAACCGGCUCUUGGAUCAAAACCGGCUCUUUCAAUUACAUUGUUGAAAAUAAGUGAUGGUUCUUCUGUGACCAGCCUUCAGAUCGUGGUGGAUUCUUCCAUAGCGCCUGCAAGUCAACUGAUGCCUACAGGAACGUGUAUACUAGCAGAAGGUGUAUUGCAGAAGUCUUCAAUCCAGGGAAAACAUGAAAUCGAGCUUAAAGCCGGAAAAAUGUUGCAUAUUGGGAUAGUUGAUCAAGAGAGUUAUCCUUUGUCAAAGAAGAAAUUGGCUUUGUCUGGAUUGAGAGAUCAUGCUCACUUUAGACCGCGAACAACCACCGUGGCAUCUGUAUUGAAAGUGCGUAACGGGUUGAAUCAAGCCAGUCACACUUUUUUCCAAAACCACGGGUUUGUUCAUGUGGACGCCCCGAUAAUAACCGCCACCAACACCAAAGGAUCUUCUGAAAGUUUCCAGGUUUCAACUUCUAAUUUUUCUGCUAAAGAACCCGAACCCGAACCCGCUUCAACAGAUGAUACUGAAAAUGCUAGUCUUGAAACCAUAAAGCUUUUAAUUGACGAAAAAAGCAAGAAGAUUGAAGAACUUAAAAGGAGUGAUAGCACUAAAGAAGCACUCGAUGCAGCUCUUCAAGAUCUUCAUAAAAUAAACUUAUUGGCCGAUGAACUAGAAGCAAGAUCAAAGUCAAAGUCAAAUACCGAAGAUUUGUUCUUUUCUAAUCAAGCCUUUCUUACUACCUCUGGAAGUCUUCAUCUUGAAAGCUUUGCAUCAGCGUUUGGAUAUGUCUAUGCAUUCGGGCCACGAUUUCAAGCGACUAAGUCCGAAUCGAAAAAAACAUUAGCCGAAAAUUGGAUGAUCGAAACAGAGAUAGCAUUCUCAGAACUUGAGGACGCGAUGAAGUGUGCCGAAGAUUUUGUCAAGUUUGUAUCCAAUUGGGUUUCCAAAAACUGCCAUGAAGAUCUUCAUUUUCUUUCAAAAAGAGGUGACAAAGCCAUUAUCAAUCGGCUUAAUUCAGUGGCGUUAGCGCCGUUUGAAAAGAUCACAUAUGCAACAGCUGUAGAAGUUUUAAACAAGGUUACUGACACGACCUUUGAAACCAAAAUCGAAUUGGGCGUUGCUCUAUCGGACGAACACGAGAGUUAUUUGGUUGAGUUCUAUAAGAAGCCUGUAAUUAUCUUUGAUUUUCCUAAGGAACUAAAACCCUUCAACGUGAGAUUAAACGAUGAUGGGAAGACUGUUGCAGCCUUCGAUGUGAUUGUUCCAAAGGUUGGAGCUCUUGUAAGGGGCAGCCAGAAGGAGGAACGCCUAAAUUAUUUGAGUAAAAGGAUUGAGGAAUCAGGGCUGCAAAAAGAUGAAUACGAAUGGUAUUUAGAUCUUUGCAAACAAGGAGCGGUCAAACAUUCAGGGUUUGAUGUUAUGUUUGAUGUUAUGGUUCUUUUUGCCACCGGUCUUAGUGAUGUUAGAGAUGCUAUUCCGUUUCCCCGACAUCAUGGAAAACUCCAUAAUUAAUCAAGUGUUGAGCUUAAAAUCAUAUCAAACUUGUAAAAAGUUCAAAAGUGAAAUAAAAAUAAUGGUAUGAUUUGUGACAUAUUCUGCUGUUAGAAAGUUAAUGUUUUUCUCCCUUUUU